UUUGGACAUGAAAUUAAUCACAUCUAUAAUAGAAAUGUUUUCACCCAGGAUGACUACACAUGAAACAAAGAUGGAUAGACAAAGAAGAGCAUUGAGCAUCUCCAAGGAACUGUAAAUAAUGCAAGAGAAGAUGAGAUCCCUCAAAAAUUUUUUUCUUUGUGAAUGUCUGUUUACAUUAGUUUUCUGGAACAGUAUCAUCUUGUCUGUGGGAAAUGAAUUCUCUACAUCUGUUUCUCAUUAUCUUCCAGAAGAGAAUUCUGACAACGAAAUCAAGAGUCUGCCAUUAUUGCAUAAAAAUAGUCAUGAACCCAGAGCUAGUUUUGAUUGGGUUGUAAUACAGAACACUACAGAAAGCCUAUCACUAUCAGAAAUCAAAAAUAAAGAUGUAAAUAAAUUAAUAGAUCUAUUAUCAAAUUUCAAACAUGGCUCCAGUUUACAAUAUCUGACAUUGUCAAAUUUUUCAGUGGACUGGAGAUAUUUUGUUGAAAUUCUUCAGACUAUAUGGCACUCAUCCAUUGAGUACUUAAAUAUCAACAAUAUGACACAGCUGUCAGAAAUUAAGCCCUACAACUUUAAUUAUUCUGGUACCUCUAUGAAGGCACUGACAGUGAAGAAGGUUUCAAUCACAAGCUUAUAUUUUUCACAGGAUGACCUAUACAAAAUAUUUUCAGACAUGAACAUUGCAGCUUUGACCAUAGCUGAAUCAGAGAUGAUACAUAUGUUGUGUCCAUCCUCUGACAGUCCCUUUAAAUAUUUAAAUUUUUUAAAGAAUGAUUUAACGGAUCUGCUUUUUCAAAGAUGUGAAACAUUAAUUCACCUGGAGAAGUUGAUUUUGCAGAGGAAUAAGUUUAAGAGCCUUUCCAAGGCGAGCUUAAUGACAAGCCAUAUGAAAUCGCUGAGGUAUCUGGACAUGAGCAGCAACAUGCUGCACCAUGACGGGGCUGAGCAGCACUGCCAAGAACGUACCUGGAGUGGCCCAAGGAGAGGAGCAAGCACGCCCUUUUCUGGGCUAACUUGA